AUGGACUCGCCAGCCAGUUCAAACCAAGGCCGCGAAGGCGGUCCACGCAAAUAUGCCUUCAACCGCGAGGGCGCUCGCGAACGAGAAAUGCACCUCUACCUCCCCUACUGGGGCUUCUCCGACUCCGAAAAGUUCGCCCAGCAGUCGAUCGGAACACACCCGAACGUGUCGCGCGACAAUGUCCUCACCGUCUUCGCGCAGCUGGCCGCCCUGCGGAUGCAUGCUGCGCGCGCUUUCAUCUCCCUGUUUGACAAGACAAUGCAGCAUGUUGUUGCGGAGGCGACUCCAGACCUGAGUCUGCGGGCGGCGGACGGUCGCGACCGGGCGGAUGCGCUGUGGCUGGGGGUGCGCCGGCUGCCGCGCCAGAAGGUGACCAUGUGCUAUUAUGCGGUCAAGUCGUUUAUCGAAGAGGGACGGGAUAUAUUCGUGGCGAAUGAUUUGACGCGCGAUGACCGGUUCAAGAAUCAUCCCUCCGUCACGGGCCAUCCGCACAACCGGUUUUAUGUCUCGGUGCCUAUCACGUCGCCGGAUGACUAUGUGAUUGGGAGUCUGGCGGUGCUGGAUGAUCGACCGCGGGACGGUGUUACCGCGGACCAGGAACAUCUUCUCAAGGAGCUUUCGGCGACCGUCAUGGAUCAUCUGCUGUGUCAGCGAGCGAUGAGGGAGGAGUACCGUGAGGAACGGAUGGUGCGGGCGCUGGGAUUGUUCGUCAAAGGCAAGUCGAAUCUCGAUGAGUGGUUCGACAGUGGAGAUGCUCGGGAUAAGAAAUACGGGGGGCAGUUUGCUCUUCUGAACAAGAGGUUGGAGGAGCUACAGGCCACUGGAUGGGAUGGAUGGGAUGGAUGGGAUGGAUGGGAUGGAUGGGAUGGAUGGGAUGGAUGGGAUGGAUGGGAUGGAUGGGAUGGAUGGGAUGGAUGNGAUGGGAUGGAUGGGAUGGAUGGGAUGGAUGGGAUGGAUGGGAUGGAUGGGAUGGAUGGGAUGGAUGGGAUGGAUGGGAUGGAUGGGAUGGAUGGCAUGGAUGGCAUGGAUGGGAUGGAUGGCAUGGAUGGGAUGGAUGACCAGGAUGACCAGGAUGAGAACGAUGGCAUGAAUGGAGAUGCUGGCAAUGCUGGCAAUGAACAGGAGAAAGGAAUGCCACAGGCUGUCGAGGACAAGUACGGCAAGCAUGGAUCCCCCGUCCAAAGGUUCAAACAAGGUGGACAGGAUGAGACAGACGAAGAAGAGAAAGACGGCAAGUCCGACGAAAAGAGUCAUAAAAAGCAGCGACCAACGCUCUCCCCCACCACCAGCCAGUUGCGGGAUUCCCUAGCCCCCAGCAACGUCCGGUCCGUAGUCAACCGCGCCGCUUCGAUGAUCUACCAAGCCCUCGACGUCGAAGGCGCCAUGUUCAUCGACGCCAGCGUGUACGCACGGCGGCAGACAGUGGGAUCCACCGAGUCCAAACUUGGUACCCCUGAACUUUACAAUGACCAGCCAUCCCUGGACACCACCAGCGGGGAGGAGCAGGCCCCAUCGACGCCCAACCCCGAGUCCCGUUCCGAUACCGACGCCUCGGAUGACGACUCGCAGUCCCGAAGCCUGGUGCUCGGUCAUUUCACGUCGACUACCUCCGAGGCAGGAGUCAACCUGAAGGACAGCCAUUACGUCUCGCUAUCGGGGAACUUCGUCACCCAUCUCAUCGACCAGUAUCCCCGGGGCAAGAUCUUCCAUAUCGAGGAAGAUGGGUCCAUUUCUCUGAGCUACGAGGGGCUCGCCGAUGAUAUGAAUUACUCCCGGACGGGAAGCCGCGGAGCAAUGUCGACCGAGCCGGAAAAGAAGGACGCCCAGCAGGAGACGAGGGACAUCAAGGAGAUGAUGAAGGUCCUUCCGGAUGCGCGAUGUAUCGCCGUCUAUCCCGUCUGGGACUUCCAGCGGGGCCGGUGGUUCACCGUCUGCGUGGUAUGGACCAAUGACCCAGGCCGAGUGUUGUCGGAACCCAAGGACUUGACGUACCUGGCGGCCUUUAGCAAUACCGUCAUGGCCGAGGUGAGCCGGUUGGACUUGGAGGCCGCCGACCGAGCCAAGAGCGACUUCAUCUCGUCCAUCUCGCACGAGCUGCGGUCGCCUUUGCAUGGGCUUCUCGGCACGGCCGAGCUGCUCCAGGAAAUGGUGAACAGCUAUGCUCAGAAAUCCCUUAUUGAAACGGUCUACAGCUGCGGCCGCACAUUGCUGGAUACAUUGAACCACCUCCUGGAUUACGCCAAGAUCAAUACGCUCACUCGGCCGCGUCCGUCAAACAAGGAUGGCGCGCAAGGGUCCAGCGACGUGUCCAAGCCCCAGAUGACCGUGCCUGGCUCUCUUCAGGAUGAGAACCUCAGCGUGCUGGUGCAAGAGGUCGUCGAGGGUCUUCUCGCCGGCGCAGAGUACCAGCGUCGCGGCGCCAGGGAUAGUGACGCGCUGGCCAAGAAGGAGGAUCUCGGCCCGAAGAACCGUCUCAUCACCAUUGUCGAUAUCGAGUGGCAGGAUAGCUGGCGGUUCAGUGUGUAUGCCGGUGCCUGGCGCCGAGUCGUCAUGAAUCUCUUCGGCAAUGCUCUCAAAUACACCCAGGCGGGCUACAUCCGGUUGCGGAUGAGACGCGAUAGCUUGCUGGUGGAUGGCAAGAAAACUCCUGCGAUUCGUAUGACGUUCAGUGACUCGGGCCGCGGCAUGUCCAAGGACUUUCUCACGAAUCAUCUCUACAGCGCCUUUCUGCAGGAGGACACGACUUCUCCGGGUCUCGGAGUCGGCCUGCAUCUGGUCCAUCAAAUCGUCAAGUCACUCAGAGGACAGAUCAGGUUCACCAGUGAGGUCGGAAAGGGAACGGACGUCGAUGUCGUGCUGCCUAUUGAACCGUCCGAGGUGUCCGGUCCUCCUUCCCCUCGGUCAUUUGCCCCGUUGAAAGAUCAACUGAGCGGCAUGACGGUCUCACUAUUCACGCGCAGCUCCAAGUUGGGCGACCUGGGAUUCGACACUCGGAUUUUCGACCGCAUCCGGAACAGCCUUGGGCGCAUGGUAUCCGGCUGGUUCGGACUCCGCGUCCUGACGCCCGACGAGCUCGAUUCCACCCAGCCGGAUUUUGCCAUCGUGACGGAACACGAGUACCGGAAUUACUAUAUCGAAGGCUCGAACGAGCCCAAGCCAGACAGUGGGGAGGUUCAACCUGCUCUCCCCUUGAUUGUUCUGUCCGCCCGAACCAGCAGCUGGAAGGCCUUGGGAGAGAGCGUCGAGGAUUCGGUCAUUUUCCUCACCCAACCGGUGAGCCCGAAAACACUGGCCACGGCGUUUGAGCAUUGUCUGGGCCAGCCGGAGCGAUCGAGCUGCUCAUCGCCCCGGAAACUGCCCACGCCCGUGCAGCCUGUGGAGGACGCGAUCCCGGACGCGGAUAAAAUGUUCGAAGGCAUGGUGAACGGCGAGAAGGACCGGGUCCUAGAGCCUGUCCUUGGACGGGCGGUCAACGGGGAAGCCGGGCAGAAGAACGUUGAUGGGGAUGACGGCAAAGGAGCGAAAAAUGUCCUUCUCGUAGAGGAUAACCAAGUCAAUCUCAAGAUCAUCGAAAUGUGCGUCAAAACCGGCGGGUUCACUUACGACACGGCAAAGAAUGGGCUGGAAGCCUUGGAAAAGUUCAAGGCGGGCAAGUACGAUGCAGUCGUCAUGGACAUUUCCAUGCCAGUUAUGGACGGCCUCACGGCCACGCGGCAGAUGCGCGGGUUCGAACGAAAGACCAAGCGUCCCGAGACCACUAUUAUUAUCCUGACUGCAGUUCUCUCCGCGUCGAUGCAGCACGAGGCCAUGAUGAGCGGGGUGAAUCUGUUCCUGACAAAACCGACGCCGCUGAAGCAGCUCAAGGAGAUUCUGCGGAAUCUGUCGGAAGGGAAGGACGUGUUGCAAAAUUAG